UUUGCGGCGCCCCGCUUCCGUUGCUGCCUUUAUCUCUAAAUAUUAAAAUAUUAGCUAAUUAUGUGAUUGAGAAACUUUUUCAAAACAUGAGGCGUAAUAUACGGCGUGAUCUGUGUUAUGUUUCGGGGGAAAAUCGGUAAUAAUAGCCAUUAAAAUGCCAAAAAAUCGUUUGGUAAUUUUGUAAUGGCUACGUCUCGCGUCCCCCCGUUCUAGACAAUGACAGUGAAAAUUUUCACGUGAUAUUUUUUAAAUUCGAGAUGAAACACUAAUUAGGUGCAUAUUUUUGUGCAUAAAAUGACUUUUUAGAAUAUCGCUUCCUCGCGAAAUGAAUACUGAUAACCAAAAUGUCCUUUCGGGAGGACAUAGUUCUUCUAAUUCUGAGGGUACAACUCAGAGACCACCAACCACAUCAGUUCCUACAGACUUAAGGGUGAAUACAACAGCGUUGAAUGCUGUAACGUUAAGUAGUGUAGCAAAAUAUUGGGUGUUAACAAACUUGUUACCUGGUCCUAUACCGCAGGUCUCUGUAUAUGGUCUACCUGGGACGAGUAGGGAAAACCAAGGCAAAUUGUCGCAGGAUGCCAUGCUUAGCCAACACGCAGGACUUCUCCCGACAGAUCCUCUGCUCCUACAGCAACAUCCUCAAAUACCAGUUAGUAUAUCGACCUCCCAAGGAAAUCUAGGUAUAGCAGCGGGUGCCAUACACUUAGAUAACUCGCAGAACUUAGCCAACCACCAGCACCAGAACGAGAACAUCUCGUCGCAGAAUCAAAACCAAAUGUCCAGAGAAAUGAGGAUGUCCCAUUCACAACAAAACCAGCAACAGCACGGCGGGCAGCAAAGCAUGGUACAAGUUCAAGUACAAGACAAUAUGGUAUCAGUUAUCGAAGAUAAUAAAGACCAAAAAGAUCUAAUUGCAGCACAAUUGCAGGCCGCCCAGCUACAACUGAACGAAAACCAACUCAAUCAGCAGGCAUUGACUGUUCAACAGCUGCAGCACUUGCAGGUUCAGCAGGUCUUGGACAAUGUGGUGCGCCUGGAGAAUCCUGUUGAGAACGGCCAGAACCAGUCCAAUAACGAUUCGGAUCCGCUGUCCGAUUCAAUCCAGAUCGUUAAAGAUGAGAAAUCGCUUCAGAAUUGUAAGCUUCUCACGGGUGCUCAGUUUGGACUACAGGAUCUUAAGGGGAAUUUAAUGGAUGUCAGGACGGCUGAUGGUAGUAUAGUAAAAAUACAAACCAACAUGCAGGAACAGGAAUUAGUGAAAACUCUGGGGGUGGAGAUGGUGCAAAAUAUGUAUAAGGUUAACGUGGAUGAUCUAAAUCAGUUGUUGGCGUAUCACGAGAUCUUCGGGAAACUACAGGGUGGGCAAGGGGAGGUGUCCAACAGCAACCAAAAUAUGGUGCAAAACAAUUCGAACAACAUAAAUUCCUUACAAAAUACAAGUGGCCUCGCUAUAAUAACUAAAGACGAACAAGAACCUUCUACGAGUAACCUCAGUGAAAAUACCCCCACCGUCGGCUCCCACGUUUGUGAUCUUUGCGGGAAAAUGUUUCAGUUCCGCUACCAACUCAUUGUGCAUAGACGUUACCAUACCGAGAGGAAACCGUUCACUUGCCAGGUCUGCGGUAAAGCUUUCACAAACGCCCAGGAACUUAGUAGGCACGGGAAGUGCCACCUAGGCGGUAGUAUGUUUACGUGCGCCGUUUGCUUCCACGUGUUCGCCAAUGCCGCAUCCUUAGAACGCCAUAUGAAAAGACAUUCGACUGAUAAGCCUUACGGUUGUACCAUUUGCGGGAAAAGUUUCGUUAGGAAGGAACAUUUAGACAACCACACGAGGUGUCAUACGGGAGAAACUCCAUACAGGUGUCAGUAUUGCGCUAAGACUUUUACGAGGAAGGAGCACAUGGUGAACCAUGUGAGGAAACAUACCGGGGAAACUCCUCAUCGGUGCGAGAUCUGUAAGAAGUCUUUCACGAGGAAGGAACAUUUUAUGAACCAUGUGAUGUGGCAUACGGGGGAGACACCUCACCACUGCACCAUAUGCGGUAAGAAGUAUACAAGGAAGGAGCAUCUAUCUAACCAUAUGAGGAGCCACACAAACGAUACGCCUUUUAGGUGUGAGAUCUGUGGGAAAUCGUUUACCAGAAAGGAACACUUUACGAAUCACAUCAUGUGGCAUACGGGAGAGACACCUCAUCGCUGUGAUUUCUGUUCAAAGACUUUUACUAGGAAGGAACAUUUAUUAAACCACGUUAGGCAACAUACAGGGGAAUCACCUCACCGGUGUGGAUUCUGUGCAAAAUCCUUUACUAGGAAGGAGCAUUUAAUUAAUCACGUUAGGCAACAUACGGGCGAAACUCCGUUUAGGUGCAAUUUCUGUCCUAAAGCGUUCACGAGGAAGGACCAUUUAGUUAAUCACGUCCGACAACAUACAGGGGAGUCGCCGCAUAAGUGUACCUUCUGCACUAAAUCCUUCACUAGAAAAGAACAUUUAAACAAUCACGUGAGGCAGCACACUGGGGAAUCGCCCCACAGAUGUCAUUUCUGUUCGAAAUCGUUCACUAGAAAAGAACAUCUGACCAACCACGUCCGAAUACAUACAGGUGAAUCUCCUCAUAGGUGCGAAUUCUGCCAAAAGACGUUCACUCGCAAAGAACACUUAACCAACCACUUACGGCAGCACACUGGUGAAACGCCUCAUUGUUGCAAUAUCUGCUCCAAGCCCUUCACCCGCAAGGAGCACCUGAUAAAUCACAUGCGUUCGCAUACUGGCGAACGCCCCUUUGCCUGCAACGAGUGCGGAAAGUCGUUCCCUCUGAAGGGAAACCUCCUCUUCCAUCAGAGAUCCCACAACAAGGGCGCCGCCGCCGAGAGGCCGUUCCGUUGCGACCUCUGCGAGAAAGAUUUCAUGUGCAAGGGACAUUUAGUGUCUCACAGGAGGUCGCACAGCGGGGACAGGCCUCAUGCGUGCCCGGACUGUGGCAAAACUUUUGUCGAAAAGGGCAACAUGCUGAGGCACAUGCGCAAACAUACGCCUGCGGAAGUGAACGAUCUCGCCAACCCGCAAGUGAAUCAGGUGCAGGUCCAGCAGCAGCAGGGUAAUCCCCAACAGCAGCAGCAGAACUCGCAGAACAACUCGGGGAGCAUUCAAAUACCACAAGUGCAAGUGAGCCAGGCGCAGCAGCAGCAGCAGCAACAGCAGAAUUCUAGCAGUAGUAUCGGGCAGACCUCGCACUUGCCCAUGCACCCGCCUAAUAGCCAUCCCGCUGUUGUGCCUGCAAACGGUAACGUUAUGCCCUCCUAUUAGGUAGGAUCUGUUUGGGAUUAAAAGUUUUUUGUUGAUUAUUCAGUUUUUUAAGUGCAGUACUUCUCGUUUUUAUUUAGAUAAAUUUAAAUUUCUGUUGCUGGGAAACGUGCAUAUAAAAGUUUUUAAUUUCUUGAUAAUACGAUAUAAAGAAAUUUUAUUCUACACUUUUUACCAGAGCAUCCUGGUUAAAAAAGGGUAAAGAAUGAGACGGAAACAAAUUCAUUGAACGAGAUUUUCUCUAAAACUAUCACUGAUGUAUUGUAAUUAAAUCAAUAUUUUUUUCUUGCCAUGUCAAGUUUUUGUAAGAGUUUGGGGCAAAUGAAUUUGUUCGAUAACAUUCGUUUAUUAUACAUAUACAAUACAUACCAUUAGGUAGCUCUGAAAUGACUAUAUUUUGCAGUGUUAUUCAAUGCAAUAAUAAAUUACAAACAAGUUUGUCAAAUUGUAUAAAUUCAAUUUUUAUCUUCACCAAGAACCAAUAAUAUAGAGCACGUUUCUCUUGAAAUAAGGAGAACCAAAGUGAGAACGAAAGUUGCUGGUAGCAUUCGCAGAAACAAACAAAUGUCAUUGCAUUGUAUAUUUAGAUCUUAUUUUUCGUACAUAAAUAUUUUUUUUCAAUUUUUUUUUUUUUUUGAGUUACGUUCUAAUUACUUUAGUUCGUAUUUUUUGUUCCAAUUUAAAUCUAAAUCUUCUGUAGAUUUGUAAAGGUAAUAGAAAUAACUAAGUGUUGUUCCAAAGAACGAAAACGAGAACGAGUCACUGGCUAAAAGACAAAAAACGUUUUUCUUAAACGAAAAUCACUUAGAAGUCACAUCACUAUGUCUGAGAACGAAAGUCACUAGUUACAUUAUUCACAAAAAAGCAAUAAUCACUUAAAAGUAUUUAAUAAGGUUAAUAAAAAACAAAAAUGAGAAUGAAAGUUGCUGGUUAAUAUUCACAAAAAUGAACAAAACGAAAGAAGUUGAAAUUAUUGUAUGUAAGAUGUUUAUUUCUUACCAUAUACUGAAAAGAGAGCAUGUUUUGUUAUUUUUUCGUUCUUAUAAAAUAUAUCUUGUUUUUAUUUUAAUUUUUCUAACAUUUUGAUUCUGCUC